AUGUAUUCAGCGAUUGCUAGUUCCAAGCCCUAUCGGUUCCUUGUUGGCCCUCAGAGGCGCAAGUUCACGAUUCAUUGUGCAGUCGCUGCGAGAGUAUCUCCCUAUCUCGAGAAACUGGUCAAUGGAGAUAUUAAAGAAGGAAGUGAAAAGCAAGUGCAGUGGGAGGAUGUGGAUGAAGAGACAUUUGUCUGCUUCUGGCAGUAUGCUUACACGGGCGACUACGAUAUUCCCAGGGAGCCAAAAACACCAGAGGUCGCAAUUGAAGAUGAAGGCCAAGGUGGGAACGAGAUGAAAAGCCCUGAAAACACAAAUGAAGCUUGUGACGGUGUGGAUGUCGCAGCAUUCGAAAGAAGCACCAAUAAAAAGGUCCGGCCUUUCAUGAGUAAGGAAAUAAUGAAGAAGAAGUGCACCAAAAGAAAGUUGGCCGAAAACCCUCCGGAGGAGGCGAUAGCGGAAGAAUGCUGGAUGGAGGCAAAGUUUGAGCCGCCAUCGAAACGAAAGCAAUUGUGGGAAGUCUUCACAGCUCUCCGGUUAACCAGCGGUCAUCAAGUCGUGCUCAACCCGGAACAGGAGAGCCAGGGACAUGACUUCGACGCUGGCGAUUUACUCUGCCACGCGCGAGUAUACGCUUUUGCCGACUGCUACGGUAUUUUCGAGCUGAUGGAGCUGUCUUACGAUCGAAUUCAUCAUACUCUGUGCAACCUCGACCUGCGCACCGAGACCUUGGCCGAUAUUAUAGCCUUGGUGCAUUACUGCUACGAAACGCCGGCUCCCCCCGACUUGAAGGAGCUCGUUGUGCUCUAUUCUGCAUGCAAUAUCGAGACACUUUGGGUUGACGAGCAGUUCCAGCAUAUAAUCGAGACCCAUGGCGAUCUAUCGCGGGCUGUUAUUGCCUCAUUGCUUGGCCGUCUUGACUAA